GGUAAAUUAGGAAAUGAAGAUUUUAUAUUGCGUAUUGCUUUUUGCUUAUAUUUUUAUACAAUUCCCCUUGAUUCUUUCAGCAAGAGCAGAAAAUAAAUGGACCUUCCUUGAAUAUAAUAGAGAACUAGUUUUGCGUGAUGCAUCAUCAUAUAAUCAAGAAUAUGUUGCAAUGGCAAUGCUGGAGACAACAAUAUCUUCUAUAGUGAAUGCUUCUACGCCUCUCUCAAUCAUCAAUGUACGCGUCUACGCAAAAUAUUCUGACCUGAUUGCUGUUCUAUCAGCACGGUUUAAUGGCUCAAAAUAUUCGGUGCGUAAAGCUGUUUCUGUCAUGGAUAGGGCUUCUGUGGAAAUUGCUAAAGUACUAUCGGAGAACACCGGUCAUUUUCUCAGGCCCAUGUUUCUGGAAAGCCCUGGAUUUCAGCCUACUAUGGUGAGGGUAUCUAAGGCAUGUGAUUAUCGGGGAGAAAUUGCCAAUCUUAAUUCACUUGUGACAUGCGUACGGAAAUCAAGCGUACCAAUUGCGCUACAUGGUAGGGAGGCAUCUUUAGCCAAAAUGCUUCACCGCACUCUCUCUUUUGGAUCUUAUUUGCCAAAAAUUCCGAGUGCAUGCAUGAACAAUUCUUCAAGCCAAAAUUCAAGAGACUCAGCCUAUUCUAAGACAUAUUAUCAUACAUUCACUUCAAAACGAAAUGGUACGGUUGGGGCGCCUGUAAACUGUAGUGCAAUGAAUAGAUCUGAUUCAGUGCUUUUAUUAGCGUUUCCUAAUGAUGAGAGCGGAUUAAAUAGCUUUAUCCAAAGAGACACGGAUAUUCCUCCUAUACCUGAUACUAGUCAAUGUGUCGGGCAUUUUUGGUAUCUUAUUUUUUUCAUUGUUUUGAUUCCGAUAGCCUUGUGUUUAUCUCUUGUUUUUUACCGUUGUGGAAUAGAAUCUGGGAAGCGCAGUAUUCGUGAAUCGGAGAAUGAUAUCCGUGCUGGUGUUCGAUUGUCGCUAAGUCCAUGGAGCAUGUAUGGUAUGCCACCGAGGUAUCCGAUGCAUUAUAGUCCUGGAUACCGAUAUAAUACUGCCGAUAUGACUCCCCAAAAUCAGAUGAUGGCACCGGCUUCACUACCGCAGAGUACUACCAGCGGUGGAUACCACCAACAGAACUAUGGGGAUGGAUUGAAUUACCAACAUCCGGCUUCCUGGAAGCCUGCUUAG